AUGCCCGGUGAUGAGAGACAACAACAUUCUCAGGCCGAAACCAAUGGUCAUGCCGAGGUGGAAUCGCAGCACCUUCUUUCAGAUGAGUCGAAGAAGGAGAACAACGACACACUGCACCCAAACAUAAGCAGCUCAGUACCCGAUGAACCCCCGUCGCGACCUACCUCGUUUUCGCCCCCCGAUAGAGAGCGCCGCCCGCCCCGGACGCAAAAUCGCGUGAGAUUCGACAUUGCAGAUGAUUCUGAAGAAGAGAGCCGUGACAAUGGGGUCAAUCGCGAUUCGGAUGACGUACUGUGGCUGGACGAAGAGGACUACGUUGACAGGGGCCGCUCGGGGCGGCAUCACGCCGGACAGCGGAUUCCCCUCCUAACGAACAUCGAGGCGCCGAGCGUGACGCUGGCCACGUCUGAGGAAUUUUUUCCGGAAGAGCAUCUGGAGAGCGCGAGGCCGAGGAGCGGCAUGAGAAUGGCGUUCAUGAACAUGGCUAACAGCAUUAUCGGGGCGGGAAUUAUUGGUCAACCGUAUGCACUGCGACAAUCGGGCAUGGUAACGGGAAUACUCCUCUUGGUUGCGCUCACAGUUACAGUCGAUUGGACUAUUCGCUUGAUAGUGGUCAACUCUAAGCUGAGUGGCGCGGAUUCCUUCCAGGCAACGAUGCAGCAUUGCUUUGGGAAGUCAGGCCUUAUCGCCAUUUCCGUUGCUCAGUGGGCAUUCGCGUUUGGUGGUAUGAUUGCGUUCUGCAUCAUUGUUGGGGAUACCAUACCCCACGUUUUGAGUUCUUUAUUUCCCUCUCUGCGGGAAAUGUCAUUCCUGUGGCUCCUCACUGAUAGACGGGCCAUCAUUGUUCUCCUCGUUCUGGGGAUUUCAUACCCACUAUCCCUAUAUCGAGACAUCGCCAAGUUAGCGAAAGCAUCAACUUUGGCCUUGGUUAGCAUGGCAGUCAUUGUUAUUGCCGUGGUCACUCAGGGCUUUCGAGUUCCACAAGACUCGCGCGGUGACGUGAAAAACCUACUCUUGUUGAAUACCGGCUUUUUUCAAGCCGUGGGGGUUAUUUCCUUUGCAUUUGUUUGCCACCACAAUAGCCUCUUGAUCUAUGGUUCACUGAAAAAGCCAACGUUGGAUCGGUUUGCCAAGGUCACUCACUACUCGACCGGGAUAUCGCUCUUAAUGUGCCUACUCAUGGGUGUCUCUGGCUUCCUAUUCUUCGGGUCCGAGACACAAGGCAACGUGCUUAAUAAUUUCCCGUCCGAUAAUAUUCUGAUAAAUAUCGCGCGACUUUGCUUUGGCCUCAACAUGCUCACUACGUUACCGCUUGAAGCCUUCGUGUGUCGUGAGGUCAUGACGACUUACUAUUUCCCUGACGAGCCUUUCAACAUGAAUCGGCACUUAAUCUUCACAUCUGCCCUGGUACUAACAUCCGUAGCAAUGGCACUGCUAACGUGCGACCUGGGCGCCGUGUUCGAACUGAUUGGGGCGACAAGCGCAGCCUCGUUGGCCUAUAUCUUUCCUCCGCUGUGCUAUAUCAAGCUGAGUAAUGGCUCGCAAAAAGCGAAAAUCCCCGCGUACGCGUGCAUCGUCUUCGGAGUCACCGUCAUGGGCGUCAGCCUUCUACAGGCAGUUGGGAAGAUGAUAAAGAAUGAAGGCGGCACGGCGACUUGCAGCACUUAAUCAGAGGGUAGCGUUUUACUUUUAUACAUAUCUACAAUAGGCUAUGGCUAACCGGUCGUGACCGAAUGUACAUAUAGACAAAUGUCUCGAGCUAACACCAACCCCAAAACAAUUUUUUGUCAAGUUCCCAGCUCUUGAUGAAUUGACAAUAGCCGUUAAAA